AUGAUGAAACGCACUCUCAUCAUCGCCACUUGCAUGGCCGCGACUGCAACAGCCUUUGAAUUUCCCCAAUUCCCAUUUGCUCCCGCAGCUCCAAAGGCGUCCCCGCAAGUCCUACUACAAGAACUCGAUUCGCUCAUUCAACAGAGUCCCAAAAAUGGAUUGAACACGCCGGGGGAUAUAUCGGAACAAAUAUUGGAUGUUUGCCGUCAAUUGGAGAAGCAAAACCCAACCAGGGCACCAGUGAAGAAUUCCAAGAUGAUGUCUGGCUUUUGGCGAAUGGAGUGGACAAACUUCGCUCCUGCAGCGCCUAGCAGCGGGAAGCUAGGACCCUUCGUCGGUGACGUCUACCAAGAUGUGGAUCUCAAUGAUAAACAAAAAGCCAGGAAUAUCUUGCGAGUCAACUUUCCUCCCAUUUGCGGGGAAUUAGUAGCAAGUACGAAUGUAGUUGAUGAUUCAACGCUAGCUAUUACAUUUCAGACUGUUGGAAACAAAAUUGGUGGUAUGAUACCACUUGGACCGAAGAUUGAUUUCGAAGGCCGCGAAACACGUCUAUGGGAGCACGCCUACCUGGAUGAUGAAUACCGCAUUCUUUAUGCUCGUAGGCAAGAAGAGGAAGAGAGUCGAGGUUUCUUGUAUGUUAUGAAAAGGGCUGAUGAUGAAAGGUUUGAAACUGGUGUUUGA